AUGACUAACAGAAGUCGAGACUAUGUUGGCUGUUUUUGCCGUAAGCAUUUGCGUCAUUGGAUUGAAAAUACCCAGUUAAUUGAAGAUAAACUCUGGGCCGGACAUUUAUACUAUUCUAGAUCUAAUCAAGAGAUCAAAUGUCCACUUAAAGAGACAAAUAAGUGUAAUGAUCAGAUUGAAACACUACCUACUAAUGCACUAGACUUAGCAGUACUGGUUAAAGGUCAACUUACUAGUGGGCUAGAUGCCCAUACAACCCUUGCCAGUCUUACUCAAAGCAUCUUGAGUAUGGAGAGAUUGGGCGAUUUGCGAGUUGGGUUUGAGACUCUUCUGAUGGCUAUUCAACAAAUCAGCACUAGCCAAACCACCAACCCAGCACAUUAUAAUGACGUUUUAUUACCAUAUUUAGAAAAUAUUAAGGACCAACUUAUCAUUCUACUAGAUAAGAAAAUAGCCGGUACACAUUAUGUUAUUAGAACACUAAUCAAAAGUGUGACCAAAGAGUUAGCUACUCAUUUUGGUCCAUCCUUUUUAGCGAGUGUUCAUUGGUCUGAUCAAGCUAAGCUAGAGAUGGCUUUAUUCUUUGAAGGCAGUUUCGCAGUGGUCAAGCAAGAAGAUAUAGACUUAAUCAAUAGCAAAGGAAAGGGCGACGUUGUGCUGAAAAUACUUCGGCGUUUAGACCCCAGAGACUAUGCCGAUCUAUUAGCUAACAUAGUACCUAACUGUGUUGGCAGUCGCAAUCUACGAGUAUUAGCUGCUAGACUGCCACCCACUCACCAGCAAGCGAUCAUGCACGUGCUGUUUGGUUUAAAGUCAUUCAUUGUCCUCUACUUCAUAAGCAACCAGACGGACCUGCCCAGCUACUUAUUAUCCGGGGCAGUUAUUCAUCGGAAUGAAGAGAUUCGAACGGAGUAUUUUGACCUUCUAACUAGGCGACUAGAAUGUUCUGAGGAUACAGUUCGGCUAGUAAGUGGAUGGCUUCAGCUUAAUCAAGUUCUUCAGGCCAAAGAGAAUCAGACUAGAGCAGCAUCAGCCUUUGCCUUCUUCAUAACUAAGCUCCGGAACAAGUUCUUAAAACGCUAUAAGUACAUACAAGCCAAAGGCUGGUCUGAGCCUACUCUAACCGCCCCCAUUGCUUAUUUCACAAUGAUAGUGAAGAUUGUAUUGGGAAUGUGUGAAAGUCAAAACAUCAUUCGCCAACUCCAGGGCCUGCAUUACUUGCAAGCACUCUGUUCCAAUCCCGAGUCGGCUUCUUUUGUCCCGACAGCUGAUAAAGAAAGGAUUGCGCUUAGCACCAUAGGCUCGCCCUAUAAGAUUAUUCGCCAAGCAGCGGCCCAACUGCCUUUAGCUCUUCCUUUCACCACCGUACAGUCGGCCUACACUGCCGCGGACACAGCUCUUUUCUAUGGAGCCACUCUACUUUUCACUACCCAAUCACUUUCUGACGCCCAAACCCAGCAGGCCAUUACUUUUGCCACUGACCAACUAGCCAGUCCUUCUAUUUCUAUCCUGCAAACCCACAAGAUGGUUCAUUUACUUUGGUCUAUCUUCAACUCAGCCAGUGGUCGGCCCAUCAUUAUUGAGGCCGAAAGAAUCAAUCCCGAGGUUAUGGUCGAAACACACAAGCGCCAAGCCCUUAAACACACUCCUUUAUCUCUCUACCCACAAGUUAACUUAAACUCCAACCAAACGAUUGAGCACCUUUAUCAGCACCUCAUUACUCCUUUAUUCGAAUCUUCCCUAGCUAUUAUCCAGUCCAGAGACAUCUACCUCUCCUCUUAUCUCAAUGAGCAACCUUUAAGUCAAGUUACUACUAAAACCGCCAAUAAUACAAACACCACUACCAAAAACACCGACUCCCCACCCGUUUUCGCAGAUAACAGUGAGUACGUCCACCAUUGGUAUGUUCUUCGUGAAACUCUACUAUUUAUUCAGCUGUACGCGAUUAUUACCAAAGAUACCACCUGUUUAGAUCGAUUUUGCUUUGCCCUUCUAACGGCUGGAGGCCAUUUAGGCAAUAUUAUGGUCUCUUCACUCUGUAUCAAGAACUUGCUUUUAUUCUUCAACUCCCCUACCCAGACCACAUCCCUCGCCCAAACUUAUCUCACCGAAAUUGAGCAUAAGACUUUCAAAACCGUUCGAAGAGAUGGUGGUAUUCCCUAUCUUUUCAAAGCCAUCUGUGCCUCCGAAACUAAUCUUAAACAGAAACCAGCCACUCAUCUCAUUCUAACUACCUGUAUCCAAAAAGCCUUCUCGCUCAUCACUAAUGCUCUUACUCUUCCACCCAUCAAGAACAAUACAGCCUGCCUCCCUGAUCCCGAUGCGUUCCUUCUUACUCAGCUUUCAAUCACGUCAGUCCCUCCUUCUACUCCCUUAGAAGCCUGUAUCCGCCAACCCGAUCUUCUCAUUCACUACCUCUGCUUACUCAAAGGAGUAGCAGGUGAUAGUAUUUUCCGCUACGGCAUCAAACAAUACGAGCCAGCAUUAUUCUUACUUUCAACUAUUCUAAUAUCUCACUCUAACUGGAAGAUCAGAAAUGCCGCGUUAAUGCUCUACACCACUCUUAUCAAAAAGAUGUGCAAAGAAACACUCAACGGAUUCCUAUCUUCCUCUAUCUCACCCAAGUAUACCAAAAUUGCAGUACUCAAAGAAUCCCGCCAAGUCCUACUGAGCUGUCUUACCUUUUUUACUGAUACCAAUGAUUACAACGGCAUUUUCUCAACUCUAGUCUUCUUCUGCCGUCUUCCCGAUCUCACUGCCACCGAGUCUUCUUUCUUAACUUCUCUUCUACCCAAUACUUCCUCUAAGUCCUAUCCAGCCCGCAUCAUUCAGAAACUCCAACUCAUUAUAACAGCACACCAUUCACAGCCCCAAUCACCACAACCCCAAGCAGACUCAAACCAACUUAUCCGUAAUGCCCAUCUCCAAAUCCCCCCUACUAUUUCCGAGGCCCUAGACAAACUCCCACCAACUAUUCUUACUGAUCUUCUUCCUAGCACCACCCCACCCAACCCAAUUCCAUCCAACACCACCCCACCCAAUCCAAUUCCAAACUCUUUCACUACUUGUCAAGGCCCUCACAUCUGCAUGCAAGCAACAGCCACACUUCUUUCGCUACUAAGCCAUGAAGACCCCCGGAUUAAAACCUACAUUCUCAACCGACUCAAUUUCCCCUAUACCCAUGAGUAUGCCCAGUAUCUUCUUAUCACGCAAGCCAAAUGCAAGUCCUGUCUCCUCAAAGCCAUUCAAGCCUCCACCACACCAUCUCCCAUUCACACCUCCGAAUCUUCUUUAUUCCCACCCGAUGCCGAGCACUUCUUCCGAGACUCCGUCUAUGAAUCCAUCCUUAUCCAUACCCCACCAACCCCAUCAAUCCUACCAACCCAAUAA